AUGGUCGACAACUGCAAUAAGUUUUACUUUGUGAGGCCCAGUGACAGCUGCGCUGGAGUUGCUGUUGCAAACGAAAUAUCCCUCACACGACUCGUAACUUGGAACCCAAAGGCUGGUCAGGAUGGCAUCGGACUAUGGACUAAUACUUACGCCUGUGUUUCGGUCAUUGCCGUGAACCCUACGCCAGCUGUUCCCGGCAAUGGAAUCGCUACACCCACUCCCACACAGCCUGGCAUGAUCAGGGACUGUAACAAAUUCUAUAAGAUUAUCAAGGGAGAUACUUGGGACAGCAUUACCAGCAAAACCGGCAUUCCACUCGACGACUUUGCCAGGCUCAACACUGAAAUUGGCGGCAGAGCAUGCAUUUGUGUUAGCACUAUUGGUUAUAAGCCUCAGCCGCCCACCCUGCCUCCUGGAUCCUUCAAUUAA